CUAGCGCGAUUUCCACCGCGCCUAAACGCGCCCGCGUGUGCAGUGACUGUGCAUGACGAGUACUCAUUAGCCGACGAUUUGUUUCGUGUCAGCUAUGCCAAUAAAUCGCCGAAUCUAGGAAUGGCAUGUGAUCCGCCAGACUGCGCUAGUUAUGUGCUGAGAUGAAGACGACGCUGGACGAGCGAUCCGAGCCCGCCGAGAGUGGGAAGGGCCGGAUAUCCUUCAGCGUGGACUCGCUGUUGGGCAGCAAGGAUGCGCCCAGGGACACUCCUGAUGCUGUCUCCAACGAGGGGGAGAGUGUAGUGGAGUCUGAUGAGAGCGACGUUGACAUUGAGGAUGUAGAGUCCAACGGGGAUGAGAGAGAUGAGAGAGAUGAAAGAGAAGCGGAGGAGGUUGAGAGUAGAGGCGUGGUGGUCCCUCAACCGCUUCUGCCGAGGUUGUACCAGGGUCACCCGCCGUCGUGGCCCUUCGGAGCCUUCCCCUGGAUGGCGCCCAACCCCAUGUUCAGAGCUGGAUCGCCUAAUACCAGCGUGCCGAGUGGUCCGCCGGUGGUGCGAUGCCAGCUCCGCAAGCACAAGCCCAAUCGCAAGCCGCGGACACCGUUUACCACCCAGCAGCUAUUAGCCCUGGAGAAGAAAUUCAGAGACAAACAGUACCUGAGCAUCGCGGAGAGGGCGGAGUUCUCGUCGUCGCUGCGACUCACUGAGACGCAGGUAAAAAUAUGGUUCCAAAACCGUCGCGCGAAAGCGAAACGCCUCCAAGAAGCCGAGAUCGAGAAACUACGGCUGUCAGCUCGACCGCUGCUGCCGCCAUCCUUCGCGCUCUUCGGCGGUGGAGGAGCACCACCGUUGUUCGCAGCGAUGGCGGCAGCAACGCGGCCGCAGCUGAGCUUCCUCGGCGGCCCCCCGACGCACCAGCAUGCAAUCAACAUGAACAUACUCAACUCGCUCCAGCCGCAUUGACGGCCGGAGCCGGCGCGCGAGACGCCAUCUUAGAAAAUGGCUGACAUUUCAAGUUUUUGCGCCCCAUUGUUAGCUUUCGAACGGUUUUUCCCCGUUGAACUGUGUUUUAGUGCCAGUGCUGUAUAUAGCUCAAGUGAUAAGACGUUUUUGUUUCAACAAAUUAUGAGUAAGUGCAAUUCUAAAUAUAUUGAUAGACGAUAAAUGUUGUAUAUAAAUUUAAAAUUACUAUUGGCCCUUCUGAAAUUUUCUGAUAGGGGUUUAUCUAUUCAACCGAGUUAUCGAUUGAUUAAUAUUGAUAUCAAUAAGGAGCGUUAGUCAAUGGAUGAACUCCUGCCGGAAAUCUUUAGAAACUGGUCGUAUUUGGAGAUACAAGAUAUGACACGUGCUGAUUCGGUUCGAAUGACAUAACACGUUUAUUUAUUUAUUUUAACGUAAACAAUACUUUUUAU